AUGGAUGACAGAGAACCAGACCAAUCACAAUAUAAAACACCUUUCCUGACACCUCAUACUAGUGAAAGGAGUAAACCACAAGUAUUUUCAGAUGCACAAUGUUUAAUAUUACCAUUAGACUUGCAACGAAUCGUUGAUUGUAGAAGAAAUAUAGCAACACAUGAGACUCUCAAUUAUGUAUCCAGUAAUAAUGAUUAUGAAAGUGAAAGUGAAUCCGAUACACAAGAAAAACAACCAACAGAAGCUACUGAUGACAGUAACGAUCCUAACCAACUACAAAAGGAUCCAGUCGAAGCGACUAUUAAUAACUCUCUUCACCCUCAUACUUCUGAAGAAAAUUUCUAUGAUAUCCAUCCAUCUGAACGUGAAUCUGAAUUAUCAGAAGAGAGUUCUUCUGACAUGAUAUCAACAAUAAAUACUAGUUUUGGAACAAAAACAGCCUUUCCAUCAGCUGAUGUCUGUGGAGAAAGUCACUGUGAGCCUUGUACAAUGAAACAAGAUGAAAAAGAUGAAAUUAUAGUGAUGAAAACAGGAUCGACGACAAUGACAACCAUAGAAUAUACUGAGCCAAAAAAAAAUAAAAAUGAGAUUGGACAUAUCAUGAUUAGUUAUAAUCACUCGACAAAAGCUAUAUGUUCGAAAAUUGCCAAAAACUUAAAAAAUUUAAAUUAUCUUGUUUGGAUUGAUCAAGAUAAUAUAUCGGGUGAUAUUUUGACAUCUAUGGCCUCCGCUGUUGAAAAUGCAUAUGUUGUUCUAAUGGCAAUCAAUGAACAAUAUUAUAAAAGUCGAUAUUGUCGAUUAGAAGCUGAAUAUUCCGUUGAACGUAAUAAAGCAUAUAUUCCAAUGUUAAUGCAAAAUGGUUACAUUGAAUUAUAUAUAUACUCUACAGUCAAUAGCUUCACAAAAGCUGAUGGCUGGCUUGGUUUGAUUAAUGGAUCAAAGCUUCAUAUUGAUUUCAGUCAAAUUCAAUUCGACGAACCAUUUAAUUUACUUGUCCGUGAAAUCGAAGCUGUUCGAGUUUCUCUAGGAGUCGACGGACAUGAUCGAACAAGUUCUAUGUAUAGUUAUGAUAAUCAAUAUUUAACAACAAUCGAUCAUUCUUUUAAUUAUAUUCAAAAUGUUAAUGAAUGGAAUGCUGAUGAUGUAGUCGAAUGGUUAAAUCGAGAAAAACUUGAACCAUUUGAACGCCCGUUGACAAAUUUUACUGGAGCAACACUUUGGCAGUUAUAUAAAAUAAAAUUUGAUUCACCAACAGAUUAUUAUAGAACUGUUGAAUCACUACUUCCGUCGACAAUUCCUCUACGAAUUUUUUAUAAUUUAACAUUUAAUGCUGCAAUUGAAGCACUUUUUUCUACAUCAAAUCAGUCAAUUCAACGACACUAG